GCGGUUGCGUCUCGAGUGUAGACCGUGUGUAGAGAAUUGUGGGGACUGCACAAUGUCUGUUCCAUGUGCGAAAAUUAAGGAAUCUGACAGCCAAGUCUAACCAGGCAUUGGAGAAGCAAAACUGGCAAAUAACCUCCGUGAUGUCACAUGGGAACCCUCGUGAAGUGACUACUUGUCCACGUUGCUCAAUCGAUUUCCAAUUAACCAAGAGACAGGUGGUGAAUGAGCCCACCCUCUUGGAUCUCCAUCAUUUCUACUCAUAUCUGCACUCUUCAUUGUUGGUGUCGAAGGCGCUCGGAGUCUGAAUGUGAGGUGAAGCUGGAUUUGUUCCAAGCUCAGGCGUGACUCUGAAUCGCUUGAAGGUAUGUUGCAGGAGGGCUUUCCAAUCUACUGGCAUGAGCUUGAUUUUUAAAACCAUGUCUUGGCGAUUUCAAUUGACCAAGAUAUCUGGAGGUACUAGCUGUGAUCAACCGUUGCAGCCAAUGCACGUGGUAGCGAAGGAUCUGUGUUCUUUUCGGCAUUUAAAAGUCACACCAUGGAAGAGGAUGGGGAGAAGGUGUACCUGUACAUAUAUGAUCUCAGUCAAGGGAUGGCUCGCCAAUUAUCGACGACUUUCCUUGGACAUAGCAUUGAGGGCGUGUGUAUUCACGUGGGUUUACACCAGGCACUCUGGCAUAGGAUUUUCUGGGAAGUACUUCUAUGGAGCCAGCAUUCAAAGCGUGCGGAUAGGACACAGCCCUUUCGGCACACCUGUCGAAGUACUGGAGUUAGGGUACACGCACAUACCGAAGAACAUCUUUGAAGUUUUUUUGCAAGAGAUUGGGCCUCGAUACACCAUGGAGACAUACAGCCUUUUAAAUCACAACUGUAAUCACUUCACCGACGAAGCAGCUCAGUUCUUGGUCGGAACAGGAAUCCCUCACCAUAUUUUGCGGCAGGUUGAUGUCGCGUUGAAUAACCCCUUGGGAGCUAUGAUGUUGCCCAUGUUGCAGCAGCUGGAGACCACACUGCGUCAAGGAGGUGUGCCUGUAGCCCCUGCAAACAACGCUACCGGGUCACCAUCAAUGCCAAACUCUUCAGUCCCUGCGAGCAGUGUCUCCCUAUCCAAUGGAUUGUUGCCUCUAUUUCCUGCUCUAUUUCCUCCAGUUGCUACUAGUGCUGCCUCGCCUGCCGUCCCCGGCACUCACUCAGACCCUUCACCCCCAACAGGGACUGGUCAAAGUGGGGCUGACAAUGAAAGGCAAAGGAACAUCGAUAAAAACAGAGAAGCGUGAGCAGAAGGGUAUAUGUAUGUUGCUUGCUGCAGCUCAAACAGAGGCACGACCACAAGCAUCCUGAACAAACAUGCUGAAAGAGCUUGACAACUGGAAGCAAGCUUGUAGAUGUAGCAGCAAUUUGAGCAAAAGAGCAUGAUUGUUGUUGUGAAACAGAGGAUCGGUGGCAUCGUCCAUGAUUCAACGUUGACAGAUAUCCAGAUUCUGCACCAAAGACAACGGUGAGCAGAUUUAAGAGUUGGUAUAAAAUGUAAUUGUGGUGGAAUGAUCUAAAUUCUUUGGGGGAUUCAUCAUAUAUUUUUCUUUGCUGUAUGUUUUUGUUGUACGUUGAGUGGUUGUGGCAGAACAGUUGUUUUGUUGGCCUAUGAGAAAAAGAUGAGUCAUUUUUCCUGUACAAGGUAUUUGCAUCUACGUACAUCAAACAAGGUUAAUUAUCAUGGUAUUUUAUAGAAACACUUGAUUAUGCUUUGAUUAUGUGAACUUUUUAUUCACCAGCCUAGUUUUGUCCUGCGGGAUGCAGAAUAGAUAAAUAAAUACACUUUUUUAAUUUUUUUUUUAUUGAACAGGUUAUGAAAUCAUUUAUUUUAAUAUUGAAAUUAAAUACUAUUGAUGAUUCUUUU